AUGGCCGCUGUUCACCCCGGGAAAGCUCUGGAAGAUGACCUGGCCUGUCCCAUCUGCUUGGAUUCCUUCCAAGACCCCAUACUCUUGAACUGUGGGCACAAUUUCUGCCAGGCCUGCAUCACCCGGGUCUGGGACGGACUGGAAGAAAACUUUUCCUGUCCCAAGUGCGGGAAGAGAUUCCAGGAGAGGCAUUUGCACCCAAACCCCCUGCUGGGGAAGGUGGUGGAGAGAGCCAGGCAGCUGGGGUGGGGGGCAGAGGGCAGCAUGUGCCAGAAGCACAAGGAGAGGCUCAUUCUGUUCUGCAAGGAGGAUCAGGCCCUGAUCUGCGUGGUGUGUGACAGAUCCAAGGAGCACCGAGCUCACAGGGUGGUUCCCAUCGAGGAGGCAGCUCAGGAGUACAAGGGCCAAUUUCAAAGGCACCUGCAGAUUCUGAAAAAUGAGAGCACCAGCCAGGAGGCCUUCACCGUCAGCGAAGGGAGGAGGCUGGAGACGCUGCUGGCUCACACCAAGGCCGAGAAGCAGCGAGUGGUGUCCACCUUCCAGCAUCUGUAUCGGCGGCUGCAGGAAAAGGAGCGCCUCCUGCUGAAGGGGCUGGGUAACGUGGCCCAGGAUGUGAAGCAGCUGCGGCAGGAGAACAUCAGCCGGCUCCACCAGAGGGCGACUCUGCUGCAUGGACUGGUAGCCGAGCUAGAGGGGAAGUGCCGGCUGCCGGAUGCUGAGCUCCUCAAGGACGCCGAAAGCACCUUGAACAAGUAUAAAAAGAUGACGCUGCCCGAAUUGGCGUCUGCGCCCAUGGCUGAACUCGAGGAGAGCCUCAGGCAUCACUCCCGCAAGAGGAGAGCUCUCCAGGAUGAGAUGUGGGAGAGUCAGGAGAUCCUGACCCUGGAUGCCGCCUCCGCUCACCCUGGCCUGGUGGUGUCCCCAGACCGGCACAGCGUGUGGCAUGGGAACAGCGGGGGCUGCCCGCCCAGCGACCACCGCAGAUUCUUCCCGGCCUCCUGCAUCCUGGGCUCUGAGGGCUUCUCCUCAGGCCGGCACCGCUGGGAGGUGGAGGUGGGGGACAAGGACGGCUGGGCGGUGGGGGUGGCGCGGGAGUCCGUGAGCAGGAGGGACCCCAGGGAGCUGCAGCCCCAGCACGGGGUGUGGGCUGUGGAGCUGGGCCAGUACCAGCUCCCUCCCGUGUACCCCUGGUCACCAGCGGCAGUCCCGAGCCGAAGGCCCCACAGGAUCCAGGUUUGUCUGGACUACGAAGGGGGACGGGUGUCGUUCUACGACGCCGAGAACCUGACCCCACUGUUCACUUUCACGGCCUCCUUCACCGAGACACUCUUCCCCUUCUUCUGGCUCUGGGCCCCCAGCGCCCGCAUCACGCUGUGCCCCCGCGGGAGACAGAAAACCCACCCUGCCAGGACCAUGGCCUGAUUGCUAGGUAACAGGGAUGCAUCCCAUACACCCGGCCCCACCAGUCAGGUUGCUAGACGAUGGGCUAGGAACUCUUCAGAGCAUGGUUUUGUAUCCCUGCCCAUCCUGGCUCAUAGCCAUCGAUGGACCUGUCCUCCAUGAACUUAACUAGUUCUUAAUUGAACCCUGUGAUAGUCUUGGCCUUCACAACAUCCUCUGGCAAAGAGUUCCAAGGUUGACUGGGCGUUGUGUGAAGAAAUACUGCCUUUUGUUUGUUUUUAAAACUGCUGCUGUCUGUUAAUUUCAUGGGGUGACCCCUCAUUCUUCUGUGAUGUACAUAUGCAUAUUUAUCACUCCUAAAUCCUAAUCAAACUUUUAUUUCUGUGACCCUACAACUUGCAUAUAAUUGAUGUAUGCUAAGUAGAUUUAACAAUGUAUGAAUCAUAACAUCACCCAGCACAAUAAAUGGAUAAUAAAAGGAA